AUGGACUCUGUUGUUAACUCAAAUCAAACUUAUGCUCAUCAGGCUGAAACAAAGGAAAAUUCUAUGUUGAAAAAAAAAUUAACUAAAACUAGUUUUGAAAAUAAAUUACAGAUUUUUCCACCUAUAUCUCAAAUUUUAGAAAACAACAAAAAAUGUUCAACGUUUGAUAUUAAGGUACCUAGUACAAAAGCUGAUAAUAAUUCUACACAAAUAAAAACUACUGGCUCCGAUGAGGAAAAGUUAACUACUAAUUCUGAAGUCCAGAACAAAAAAAAUGAAACAUUUUCUAAUUCUUCAAUUAAUAAAACAAAUUCUGAUUAUUUAGACGUGCAGUCCAACAAAUCCGUCCACUGUAAAAAUUCGUUUUAUGUUAUAGAUAUUCCAAUAGAGAAAAAAUCAGUCACAAAUGAAAGAUCAAAUAAUAAAAGCAACAUGUGCCAAACGAAUAAAGUUAUUUCAAACAAAUCAAAGGAUUCUAAUUUAAACAAAUAUAUUUCAAAAUUAUCGGGUAUUAAACUGAAAGCACCUGUAUCGUCAGUAGAUGAUAUGUGGAAUACAAUAACUAAAAAGCAGGACAAAAAAAACGGUGACAAAAAAAAGUGUUUGUCAGAUUUUAAAAAUAAUAAUAAAAAUGCCAAUUUUAAUUCAAAUAAAAAUAUUAUUGAACUCAACAAUUUAUAUAAAACAUCAAAUGAAAAAACUUGUGCAAGUAGACAAACAGUUUUUUCUAAAUAUUUUAACCCUGAUAAAACAGAAAAAUGCCAUAAAACUGCAGAUUUUAAAAAUUUGCAAAAUCAAUUAAAUAGCAAAAGUACAGUAGAUUUAGUGCAAUUAGGCUGUAGAGAGAAAGACUUUGAAAACAUGUCAGAAAGUGAACACCGAAUUUGGACUUCUUUGCAAAAUCUUGACAUACCUUCAUGGUACUUGGCUUAUCCCAAUAAAAAUCGGGAUAUAAUUGGUCUUAAGAAUGCUCGAUCAGUAAAUGACAUUAUGGCUGAUAUUGAACAAUUAUCAUUACCAGGAGAACAGAGAUUGCAAAAAAAAUACAAUUUCACUAUAAGUGUUCCAAGUUUAACCUUGUUUUCAAACCUUAGUGAUGGGAAAAAAUUUGAAAAUGGUUAUGUAGAAAGUAUAAAAUUAGAAGCAGCAAAAAAUCAAAAUAAUUCCUUCAAUUUGACGUUAGAUAAUUUUUCCGAUAAGCAAAAUAUUCAUGAUCUCAGUCAAACAAGUCCUCAAAAAAAUUGCAGCAGAAUAGUUUUGAAACCUACUGUUUUUACCUCAUUGUCACAGAAACAUAUUAUUAAACACACGAAAAAAUGCUAUUUAGAAACCUCUUCUUCCUUCCUUAAAAACACUUCAACAAAAAACGAAUUAAUUGAUUGUAAACUACCGAGUGAUAUUAUCCGACAACAACAGACACGUACACCUUUCAGCAAGAUACAAAAGCAAUCAUUUAAUGAGAUUAUGCAUGAGGUUAAUGUGAAAUCAAUAGAAGAUAACAACGAUAAAACAAAAACUAAUAAUGAAACUAAAGAAUUCGAUGAACGAUUAGUUAAGCAACACGUAACCAAUCAGGCUAAUAUCUCUGUUGAAUCUCCAUUUAUCGUAAAAAUAAGAAAAAUUCACGAUCCAUCUGAAAUCAGAACGUCAUCGGACAACAAAAAAUUUUCAGAAUACGUUGAAAUACAAGAAACGCACUUUGGCAACGAAUUUUCAAACGUAUCCAAAAAAAAUUUCCAAAAUUUCUGCUACGAUUCUAGACCUCUAACAGUAAAUCUUGAAAAAAAUGUCAAUAACGUAAUGGAGAAUACUGUGGUAAAUGAAAAUAAGACUAUCAAUGAAUACGAUGUGUUGACAUUAAACAGUCGUAUAAAUGACUUAUUAGAUUCAAAAGUAUCGAACAAAAUUCCUGAGCAACAGACAAAAAAAAGAGAAUCGAUAGCGAUUAUUGCAUAUCCUCUCGUUGGAAAUGAAGAAACAACACAAAAAGAAGAUGCAUUUCAAAAAUCAUUUAAAUCCCGUACCUUCGGCGACGAUGCAAGUGAAAUUUCAGAUUCAAAUAGAAAACUAUCUAUUGACAAUAAAAAUAAUGAAACUGCUAACAAAGAAAUAAAAGGUUCUUUUUUUACCAGCAAAAAAACAUUUAACCUCAAUUUUGGUAUUUUCAAAAGUUCAACUAAAAAGUUUAACGGGACUCAAAAGAAAGAGAAACAGAAUAAAAAUAAAAACAUUAAAAACUAUUCUCUUGCGUCAUAUUUGGAAUAUACAGUUUAA